AUGACUACCCUCAACCAACGCACCUCGGCCCUCACAGCCAUAGUCCUCAACAACCUCCAACACCAACACGACUGGACCGCCCUCCACCCCCACACCCAGCCCAACCUCCCCCGGACCCUCCUCUACGGCCUGCCCCCCAAACGCCUCUACGUCCACCCGGACGAGCAGGUGGAGAUCAUCAGAGCAGAAAAAGAAAUGGGCAACGGGGGGGCGGGUAUCCCGCAGGAGGCAGAGCUAGAAUGGGUUCUACCUCUCCACCUCUCGGAGAAAUGGUCCCCAGCUCAGUUCGCCGCCGUUUUUGAUGCUUUGGACGCCAGACCGCCUAGGUCGAGGGAGAUUACAAAGGAGGAGGAGGAGAGGUCACCCUGGUUGGCGUAUAAAGGGUCGAGGAGGGGGAAGAGGGUGUUGUUGGCUACGGUGCAGGAUGAUUCGACUGUUACUUAUUACUGGAUGCAUGAUGGGUUGGUGAAGCCGAGGCAGAAUUGA